AUGGCCUCCUCCAAUCCCACCCUGAUCUUCUGCCCUGGGGCCUGGUAUCCGCCCACGGCCUUUGAGGCCUUGGCCGCCCACUUCCCCGACCACACUACCCAUACUGUGGCCUUUCCCUCGAUCCAAAAUGCCACCAGUGUCCAAGACCUGCAGCCCGAUAUCGACGCGCUCCGGACCCUGGUCGAGCAGGAAGCCAGCGCGGGCAAGGAAGUCGUCGUCAUCUCGCACAGCUGGUCCGGGCUGCCCGUGAAUAGCGCCCUGGACGGCCUCAGCAAAGCCGAGCGACAAGCGGCCGGAGAGACCGGCGGGGUGACCAAAUUAAUCUUUAUCUCGGCCUUCAUCCCCGACGUUGGCGAGAGCCUGAUUGGGGCCUUUGGCGGGGUUCCUCCCGACUGGUAUAACCGCGAUAUCCCCCACUCAACCCGACUGCAGGAAGCCAACGGAACCGUGAGCGCUGUCGACCCCUACAGCCUCUUCUUUCAUGACGUUCCCGACGGCGAAGAAUGGGCCAAGACCCUUCGUCCGCACGCCUGGGCGACCAAGACCUCGCCCGCCAUCAGCGCCGCCUACACCCGCAUUCCCAGCGCCUAUCUCCUGUGCGAGAACGACCGUGCCAUCCCCCUUUUCGUCCAGCAGUUGAUGGUGGAAAAAGCCCGUGGGAAGGGCGCCCAGAUUACCACAGAGAAAAUUGCCACCGGUCAUUCGCCGUGGCUGGUUGAUCCUGCGUCUGUGGCUGCUUUUGUGCAGCGAAGCCUGGCGUGA